AUGGCAGAUCUAGAGAUUGCCAAUCGUAAAUAUGAGGAAGCUGUGAAUAUGGUACCAAAAGAUCAUCCAGACCGGACACAUCUGCUUCAAAGCUUGGGGACCGAAUAUUACGCUACGUAUCAAGAGACCGGAGCGAUAGCGGAUCUAGAGGUCUCUAUACAACUAUUUCAAGAAGUUCUUGCCAUGUUACCGAAAGAUCAUCCUGGCCGGGCGCUUGGGCUCCAAAAGCUUGGAGUCAGCUAUCAAGACAAAUUUCGAGAAUUUGGAGUGAUGGCUGAUCUAGAUGUUUCCAUCGAACAACACCAUGCGGCUCUCAAAAUCACACCGAAAGAUCAUCCAGACCAAACACGUCGACUUCAAAAUCUCGGAGCUGCGUACUACGACCGGUAUCGAAGAACAAGAGACCUGGAGGAUCUAGAAAUGGCCAUUCAACGGCUACAAGAAGCCGUUAGUAUAAUACCAAAAGGUCAUCCAAAUCGAGCAAGUCAGAUUCAAGCUAUCGGAAUCGGAUACCAAGAGAAGUUUCGCAAGUUGGGAGUGAUGACAGAUCUAGAGAUGGCCAUCCAACAAUAUCAAGAAGCUGUGAAUAUAACGCCACAAGGCCAUCCAAACCAAGCCAGUCAGCUUCUGAAUCUCGGACUUGGAGAACAAGAGCGAUAUCAGAGAACAAGAGCGAUAUCAGAUCUAAACAUAGCGAUUCAACAAUACGAAGAAUCUCUUAGUAUGACACCCGGAGAUUUCCGAGACAAACCACGUCGACUCCAAAAUAUCGGGGCCGCGUACCACGAUCGGUAUCGAGAAACAGGAGAAAUAGCAGAUCUAGAGAGAGCGAUCCAGCGGCUCCAAGAAGCUGUUGAUACGACGCCAAAAGAAGAUCACCCAGACCGGGCAAAUCACCUUUUAAGUCUUGGAGCUGGGUAUCAUGAAAGAUAUGAGAAGACAAAAGUAACGGCGGAUCGAGAGAUGGCCAUUCAUCAAUACCAAGCAGCCAUCGGCCAUCCUUCGUCUUCUGCUUAUGAUAGAAUACGACCAAGUAGCUAUUUGAUUACAAUGCAUGCUGAAGCUGAGGACUGGUCGUCAGCUUAUGAAGCAGCUUCUACAGCCAUGUCAUUGAUCCCUCUUCUUACUCCUCACUCUCUUGCAAAUUCAGAUAAACAACACUUGAUUAUUGAAGUUGCAGGGUUAAUUUCUAAUACGGCGGCAGCUGCUCUUAUGGCAGGAAAGUCAACCUACGAGGCCAUACGACUCCUUGAACUUGGCCGCGGAGUCAUUAUAGGCUCUUCGAUUGAGUUGCGCGCCGAUAUCUCUAACCUUCAGCUGAAUCAUCCUCAGCUGGCAGAGGAAUUCAUCAGGUUUCGGGAUCAACUCGAUGUCCCCAUCCGGCAGGUCUAUCAAUCAAGUAUGCCAACAUUGAUGGCACGUCAAAUCGAUCAACGUUAUGAUGCGGCCCGGGCGCUGGAGCGGACAAUUCGAACUAUCCAGAAUCUGCCCGGUCUUGACCGUUUUCUCAUGGCUCCCUCCGAGGAUGAAAUGAAAGCUGCCGCCGUUCAUGGACCCAUCGUCAUCAUUACUGUGCGAGAUUACCGAUGUGAUGCGUUGAUUAUCAAGAAGGAUGAACUCAUAACUUUACGACUCCUUCAGCUAGACCUCGAGGAUAUUCAAGCUUACACCGCAAAUUUGGCAAACCCAGACUCAUUACUGUUAGAAUGGCUAUGGGACACGAUCGCAAAGCCCGUUCUUGAUUCACUAGGAUAUACCCAGAAACCUGAUGAUUGUUGGCCCCGGAUUUGGUGGAUACCUACGGGGCCUCUUUCCAGGUUGCCUAUUCAUGCAGCGGGAUAUCAUUCCCGCAAAUCUGCCGAUACUGUUCUAGAUCGGGUCAUUUCAUCCCACAGCUCAUCUGUCAAGACUCUCAUCCGAAGCCGUCAAAGAUGGACCGAGGAAAGAGUAGCUCGAGAAUCAGGAAAAGCUGUGCUAGUCGGUAUGAGAGAGACACCAGGCCAAACGGAUCUGCCAUUUGUACCACAGGAAAUUGAUGAGCUGGAGCAUCUAUACAAGUCUAUGCAGCUCCAAGUUAUAGUUCCUUCUCCCAACCAAAAACAGGUUAUCUCCGCCUUGAAUGAUUGCGACAUAUUUCAUUUCGCGGGACAUGGAUGGACCAACCCAUUGGAUCCAUCAAGAAGUGCUUUGCUUCUUAGUGGCGAGAACCUCACUGUGGCUGAUCUCUUCGAGACGAAUUUGCAUAGUCGUACGCCAUUCCUUGCGUAUCUUUCAGCCUGCGCUACGGGGCAAGUCAAGCACGGUGGGCUCAUCGACGAGGCGCUUCAUCUCAUUGCUGCGUACCAGCAUGCUGGCUUCCGGCAUGUUAUUGGCACCCUUUGGGAGGUAAACGAUCAGUCGUGUGUAGAGGCGGCAACCACUACGUACGAGUGGAUCAAAAACAAAAAUAUGAGUAACGCAUCCGUGAGCGAAGGCCUUCACCGUGCAAUCACAAAACUUCGUGCGUCAUGGAUUUCGGAGAACGCGGCUAGAUGAGCCAAGCGCUUGACGAUCCUAUCAAAUCGGGAUGCUUCAAUGGCGACAAUGCCGGCUCGUUUGUACCCAGAUGUAGUGAGGGACUCGAGAACUGCGGAAUUAUAUGAGGACCUGCCAUUGUACUGGGUUCCAUAUGUCCAUUACGGAAUCUAAGGCUGCGGACCAUGAGAGACCAUGUGCAAACUCAAUCAUUGCAAGCCCUACAAGGGACAGUAUCGCAUAUCUUUUAUUGAUAGAAACGACCUCGACUCACCCCGCCAUGACCACCGUUGGCAUCUUCAGAUCAAUGGCCAUGUUAGAUCGGACAGGUAUCGAAAGCCAUGGACUGAUCCUUGGCAUCAUAGAAAGUGAUGCGGCGUUCGCUUUUAAGUAAUCAUACUCGCUGACCCUCUCAGCACUCAGCAGAAGGAGCGUUUGAUGGGUUCUCAAAAGACUUAACCUUCGACCAAGUGAUAAAA